AUGGCCUCCCUUCGCACCACCUCCCGCCUCUUCGCAGCUGCGCGGCCGAUGUUCCGGCCCGCGCCCCUGGCUCGUACCUAUGCGACCGUCGAUUCCGUGGACCCCAAUGCCUCCAAGCAGCCCGCGAUGAAGACCUUCAAGAUCUACCGCUGGAACCCCGACAAGCCGUCCGAGAAGCCGCAGAUGCAGAGCUACGAUCUGGACCUGAACAAGACCGGCCCCAUGAUGCUCGAUGCGCUCAUCCGGAUAAAGAACGAGCUCGACCCGACCCUCACCUUCCGGAGGAGUUGCCGUGAAGGCAUUUGCGGCAGCUGCGCCAUGAACAUUGACGGCGUUAACACCCUGGCCUGCUUGUGCCGCAUUCCCACGGAGACCUCGAAGGAGUCGCGCAUCUACCCACUGCCUCACACCUACGUGGUCAAGGACCUGGUCCCCGAUCUCACCCACUUCUACAAGCAAUACAAGUCGAUCAAGCCAUAUCUGCAGAAUGAUACCCCCACCCCGGAUGGUCUGGAGAACCGCCAAAGUCCCGAAGAUCGCCGCAAGCUCGACGGUCUGUACGAGUGCAUCCUGUGCGCGUGCUGCUCGACAUCCUGCCCGUCCUACUGGUGGAACAGCGAGGAGUACCUGGGCCCCGCCAUCCUGCUGCAGUCGUACCGCUGGCUGGCCGAUUCCCGUGACGAGAAGACCGCCGAGCGCAAGCAAGCCCUCGACAACAGCAUGAGCGUGUACCGCUGCCACACCAUUCUCAACUGCACACGGACCUGCCCCAAGGGCCUGAACCCCGGUCGCGCCAUUGCUGAGGUCAAGAAGAUGCUGGCCUCGCCCUAG